AGUCUCGGCCAUUUCCGCGCCCCCCGGCGCGGGGACUCUUACUGCAGCGAGGAGUCCCGCAGCCGGGCUGCCCCGCAGACCUCUCCGCACCGCAGUAGAGGCACCGGCCCGCCCAGCGAGCAAGCUCGGUCCCAGCUGUGUGCCUGUCCCGCUCCUUGCCCUCUCUCCUCCUCCUCGCUGCCUGCCCCGUCCCUCUGCGCCGGGAUGCCUCCCAACCUGACCGGCUAUUACCGCUUCGUCUCCCAGGAGAAUAUGGACAACUACCUGCGUGCUUUAGAUAUUAAUGUGGUCCUGCGAAAACUGGUUUGCCUCUUGAAGCCUGAUAAAGAGAUCAUCCACACGGGAGAUCACAUGGUCAUCCGCACGAUCACCUCCCUGCGAGACUAUGUCAUGGAUUUUGACCUGGGAGUCCAGUUUGAGGAAGACCUGGGACCUGUGGAUGGACGCAAGUGCCAGACAACUGUCUCCUGGGAGGGGGAUCAGCUGGUAUGUGAGCAGCUAGGAGAGAAGAGGAAUCGGGGCUGGAGGCACUGGCUGGAGGGAGACCAGCUGCAUCUGCGCAUGACCGCUGAAGAUGAGGUCUGUGUCCAAGUUUUCCAGAAAGUGAAGUGAGCGCUCGGAAAGAUGCCUGGAUGGGACCCUCACUCUCGAGUGCAAACUGUCCCAGAUUGAAAAAGAAACAAGACUCGAAAGAGACGAGCACACACACACACA